CCAUUCCCUUUGAACUCCCGCCAAAACCCAAAUGCCCCAGAUCUGCCCCACUUAAAUUUCAUUACCAACAGUCCAACACUACCGCCUCUUCUUCUCCUACCUCAAUCAAACCCCAUCCUUCCCGCCUCUCUCUCUCUCUCUCUCUCUCUCUCUCUCUCUCUCUCUCUCUCUCUCCUUGUUUAGCUCUCUCGAAACAGUGCGCUCAGAUUAUCGGCUACGCUGAAGCGAUUUGCAGGUCAAGUUCUUCACAGGAUCAUAAUCUACAACAGCUGAUGGAGCUACGAGGCUGUUCUCAGUUACACUUUAUUACAGUUAUUAGAGGUGAAAAAGUCGUCAAACUUCCAAAUCUUGCUGGAGGAAAUCCAAGGCUCAAGUUCAAGAACACGGAAGAAAUUUAUUCUUCGUGUGACUCAAAAUGUCAUGAUUCACUUGCAAAAUCUCCUCCAAAAGUCGACAGGUCACUGGCUAUGCCUUGUGGUUUUGUUGAAGUAAAGACUGAGGUUAAGAUUGAGUCUAUAGAAGAAGAUAAUGGGCUUGAUUUCAGUGCAAUGACUUUGAGGCAGAUUAAAGACAUCUGCAUAUCCCUCAAAAGAAAAGCUUCAAGAUCUGUUGAACUAGAUGAUGACCAACAAUACGAACAGGAUGUUUUUGGCUUGGAGGAAACUCUUAGUAGUUGGAAACGCAAGGUGCUCUUGAAAAGGAAAACCAAGAAAGGCAUCAAUAAGUGCAACAUUGUGUCCUCUACAACUAACAUUUUAGAUGGUAUAUUAAAGGGCACAUCUGUCUCUCCAGAUUUACUUGAUCUCAGCAGCAAAAUCUUUAAGCCCUUGAAUAUUAAAGUCGAAGAUGCUCAACAUGAUUACGCAGAACUGCAAAACGAAAGCCUGACUCCUAGUGAUGCCCCUGGGAAUUUAACAAGUGAUGCUGUCAGAUCUGUCGAACACUGCUAUCCAGAUCAGGAUCUCAAUACAACUUCAGGAUAUCCUCAAAGUGGUUAUCUAAAUCCAAUUUCCCAUGAGCAUUUAGUGCAGCCGGUAGCUUUAGCAAAUUCAACAUGUUGUAUCAGUCAAGAGUCAUAUGAACAUCUGUAUUGCGCUGAACUUCAAAAUCCACUGAUAUUUGGAAAUUCAGAUGCUGAAGAGAUUGUAAAGUUAGAUGGUGUCGUAGUUAUAGGUGACCAUCCUUUGGUAUCUUGUUGUUCAGAAGCUGCUGGAGAGGAAGACAGGACUGAUUUUAUGACAUGUGAUGAGCCUACAGAUAUAGGCAUACUUGAAGGUGAUACCUCUAUUCAAAAUCAUUAUCGCCAUUAUUCGUGUCCACUACAAUCUCCACCUGAUGAAAACCCUUCAAAGGUGCAUGUUUCUGUCUUGGCUCCUAAUAGUGGCUAUCAAACUGCUGAAGUCACCAAUUCUGGUGAACCAAUAGAGUCAAUUGAUGACGACAAAGAUAUUGAAAAUGUUGUGAGAAGCGCUUCCACAAAUUAUAGUUCAAUGGUAAAAUCUGAUACUAAAUUACCUUCGGUUCGUGGUAUGAAUUCCCUGGAUAACUCUAUAGCUGGAGUUGAGGAUCAAGGAUUGUUGGUACUUGAUGCUAUUACUGAAGAGGUUAUGGCAUCUCCCAUGAGUCCUAAGAGUUACUGUCACAAUACUGAGUUUAUCACUUAUGGUGAAGCUAGUAGAUCUUUAGAUGACAUUCCGGAUCCUGAAGCAAAAGCUAUACGAAGAGAUUUUAAGAAAUUUACUGCAUCAGUGCAAAAUAAAACAUGUUUUCCUUUGGUCAAUACCAUAGAAUCCUUGCAUAAGGUUACAUCUGCCGUUGAAGACAAACAAUCCUCGAUCCUUAAUGAUGCUAUAACCCCUCUAACCUGUUCUCCGGAGCCUUGCAAUGCUAUUGACCAACGGAUUGGAUCAGCAGCAAGUGAACGGCGCAAUGAAUUCAAGUUGGAUCAGCAAACUCCUGAAAGGCUGUUGUCAGGCAGAAAGACUAUUUCUCCAAAUUCCAAGGAAAGACUACGCAAAGCUAUGGAUUGUGCUGAAUCAAGAGAUGAUACUCAGACUCUAUUUUGCAGGGAGAAGCUAUCCGUUGAAAAUAAUUAUGUGGAUACUUCAUCUUCAAGGUCGGAUUUUAAAAAAACUCGAAUUGUCCUUACAUCAAAAAUACCAGAGGCUUUAUGUAAGACUGAGAUCAGAACCAAGAAUUUGCGAACACUGAAGAAAGGAAAGUAUGAGAGAAAAUUUUCUGUUGUAAAAGGCACUGUUAAUGGCCCUCGAGCUUCUCCUUUGUCAGUACGUGCUUCCAGUGUAUGCAGUUCUUCUCAAAGUUCCUCCCAAAAUGCCAUUGCAUUCUCGCAGCAGCAGAUGAUUGAUACUGAACGCCUUGCAAUGAAGCUUCUGACAGAAUUGCAGUCGAUGAAAGAAAUGUUCGUAGAUACAUUAACGUGCUCAGCAUCAAGAUCUUAUAACACUGACAAGGCCAGAGUAGCAGUAGAGAAUGUGAAAAAGGUUGAGGAAUCAACAAAGAAAUUUUUGUCCAUGAUGUCAAGGGACUGUACUCGUUUCUGCAAAAUUAUGGAAUUAACUGAAGCAAAUGGUGCUUCUCCUGUAAAGUGCAAUGACGAGCACAUCCCUGACUCGGAGAUAUGCCGGAACAAUAACGUCUCAGAGACUAAACAGUUAGAACACAAACUUUCUCCUCCUAAAAGUACAAUGCAGAAGGACAAGAAAAUCAUGUUUGCUGAUGAAGCUGGAGAAAGCUUAUGUCAAGUCAGUGCGUUGUAGGCUAUUAUUUGUAAUUGCAAUUGUAACUGUGAAAGUGUUAAUAUCAUGUGAAGUAUUGUCAUUGCAAUUGUAUUUGACAUUGUAAAUGUAAUGUUGGAGGACUCAGCACAUGUUGUCUUGAUUUACCCCGAAGCGGAGUUUUAUUUCAAAAGUCCUGCGAACAUUAAGUGUACAAUAAAUUUAUUGUAAAUGGGUGUAAUUUUUGUGUA